AUGCUCCGCGACGAGCUUCUCCGGUCUAAGAACGAUGAGAUCGCAAGCUGUUUGUUGUCGCGCAAGCGAAAACUAACCGAGUUGUAUUAUGCGACCGUGGGUUUUGAGGGCGCGAUCGCCGACUCGCUCUAUCAGCAGAAGGAACAGGCCUUUCUCGACGCCAACGACCUCUCCAAAGGCCGUUUCUUCGACGAAACCACCCUACCAUCGCCUACCCAUGCGCGCGCGCUCUCCCCGGCUCGAAAAGCUGUCGCGUCUCCUGUAACUGCAGAAGUCAAGGACCAGCAAGCUGCUGGCAUUACUCCACCUCCCACCGUCGAUGGUCGCGCCCCUACCCUCCCGUCCGCAGCAAGUUCGCAAAGAGCAUCCACCUUGGCCGCAGCCCCCGGCGUCGCAUCGACCUUGAAGGAUGCGCCUGGAUCGAGCCAGCCACCUGUACCCGUGAUCACUCCCCAGCCCACCCAGGACCUCGAGGUACCUGUUUCGACCACAGUAUCCGGUCAGCCUGGCGCCGACCAGAAGGCGAGCGCAUUCGUGCCAGAGACUCCUCUAAGCUCCCAAGACCAUGAUGGAACAGAUACCACGGCCUCUCCUGGUGCAGCGAAAUCUGCAGCGACAAGUGGCGCAAGCCCGUCCUUGGAAAUUGCUCCUAAUACUCUCCCCCGAAAGAAAAUCGACUCGCGGCCCUCUCUCACUCUAGGCCCUUCACAUUCCGAACAACCUCUCUCACCCGCCUCCUCUAUCGACCCCUACUCUAAUAAUACACCUGCUCCCGUCGUCGUUUCCCCCGAUACUAGCCCUGGAGAAGAAGUGUCCGAUGCUAGGAAGCUUAGCCACCCAAGCCCCAAACACAACCGAUCUAUGCAACCCCGCCCUGGCUUGGUGCCGUCGACCCCGGACGAGCAAUUGCGGAUGGAGGAAGCCCAGUCAAUGCAGCAGCCCGGCACGAAUGGCGUACUUUUUUCCAACGAGGUCAUCCAGGAGACCGUGAAUUCCGGCAUUGAUAACGACCAAAUGGACGUCGACCAGGAGCCCGUGGUUGCGCCCUCAGAAUCUAAGCUUCCAGGUCGAACAGGUGCUACUGAGGCGGAAACACUGUCUCCUACUGGCCAGCUGCCAGAAGGAGCCCAACCCGGGGAUGACGCAGCUACAGAGAUCAAGAAACCGGUAUCGAUUUCACAUAUUCAACCCGAUGUUUCCCAGCCGCGGAUGACUACUCGCGUUUCGUCCGGAGCCAUCCGUCACAAGUCAGUUUCUGAAAUUCUUGGCGAGACCCCAAGAAACCUGGCACACGACAAAAGCCAUGCGACGGGUGAACCCCAAACGCCUGAUAGUCUCGCUCGAAUGCGGUUCAAGGAUCGCAAAGACCGGGAGAAGGAGAGAACUAGGGCUUCAACCGUCGUAUUCCCCAGACAGCCUUCAUCCUUACAGGAGAAGCCAGAUUCAAUGGACCUGGUUGUCCGAGAUUCUGGCGACGCGGUUGCCAAGUUGAAUGAGGAGCAGGACUACCUGUUCACAUUGUUCUUGAAUAGGGCUUAUGCUCCUCCGAGGGGAACUAACCUUAGCACACUUCUUGCGUCUGCCCACAAGACAGUGAGCACAUCCAACCAUCUUCUGGAGUACCAAGAGCAGAUGGACUGCCGGACACUUCGACGUAUCUACGCACUCCAAAAUGCAAACCGAUGGCCUUUGCGGCAACUGAAGCGAUCUGCUGAACCUCCUCGCACCUUUAGUCACAUGGACGUUCUAUUGGAUCACAUGAAGUGGAUGCGCACGGAUUUCCGCGAAGAACGGAAGUGGAAGCUGGCAGCAGCGAAGAGUUGUGCCGACUGGUGUGCGGAGUACGUCAAUAGCGACGAGGAACACCGCUCACUCCUUCGUGUCAAUGCCAAGAUUCCCGCGCCAAAGUCUGCGGCUCAAGAUGCAUCGAAAGUGGGCGUGGCAUCCCCUUCGGAAGACACAGGCGAUGAGGCGUUCGCCGCAUCUCACCCCACCCCUGAUCUAGUCCCAUCCGCUGAGGAAGAAUCCGUAAGUGACGGGUUCAAUGAGGAGCCACGACACAAUCUCCACGAUACUGUGGCCCCUGCUGCUAUCUUCUCGUUGGGCUUGGACGAGUUCAAUUUUUCUAUUGACAUGACACCCUCUGCCGAGAAACUGCUGGAUGAAUUACCACUCUACGAGCCUGUUCGCUUCGUUCAUGAAACUCGAAUGCCAGCCUUCAAAGACCUCCCUGAUUUCGCCUGGAAGCAAGAACUCCUCCCUGUCUCGAAGUUUGCUUCCGCCAAGAUCACCUUCCGCGAAGCCGACGAGCGUCCUCGCAAGCGUACCCGAUAUGAUUAUUCCCAAUAUGCCGACUCUGAGCAUCGUAUCGCAGAAAUUCCGCCAGAGCAGAUCAACGUCGCCCUCUUCCGUCCUGAGAACAAGCCCAUCCGGGACCGAAUCCAUCCUGGACACUCAUUCCGGCCCCCUACUGAGCAUCCCAUGCCGUCAGUUGGAUUUUUCGAAUCUCGACAGUCAUCCCAGUGGACUCUGUCAGAGGAUGAUGAACUUCGACGUCUGGUCAAGGAGUACUCUUACAACUGGUCUCUCAUCUCCAGCUGUCUGACUUCACCAUCAUUGUUUACAUCCGGAGCUGAAAGACGAACUCCUUGGGAAUGCUUCGAGCGCUGGGUCGGGUUGGAAGGCUUGCCCGCGGACAUGUCUAAGACUCAAUACUUCCGGGCUUACCACCAGAGACUUGAGACUGCGCAGCGUACUGUUCUGGCUCAGCAACAAGCCGCCCAGCAGCAACAGCAACAGGCGGCCAACAAUGGUCAGGCACAGCAACCCGUCCGCCGGCGGACCACCCAGCCCCUUCGUGUGGAUAGAAGAAGAUCGUCAAGGCACUUGGCAUUGCUUGAUGCUAUGCGGAAGCUGGCUAAAAAGCGGGAGACCAUUUUGCAGAAGCAGCAGCAUGCAUCUCACCUCGCCUCGCUAAGGAAGGCGAACGAAGCCAAUCAGCCCAAACCUCCAAUUUCCUCACCGGCAGAAUUUAGCCGUCUUAAGCACGAGCGAGAAAUGAAACUACAAGAACGACAAGAGCAGUACCGACAGCAGAUGAUCGCCCAGCAAAGGGCUAGUCUGGUUGCUCAGCGUGGUGGUCAGUUACCCAACCAGCCACAACAACAGCCGCAGCAAAUGAUGAAUGCUCCGGGCCGGCCCAACAAUAUACCUCCCAAUGCGCCCAAUGCCAGUCUGGCAAAUGGUACUACGAACGGGGUUCCUACUGGCAUGACUCCAAAUGUUGGCGUCAACCAACCUCGCACUCAACCCAUGCAAGGCAUCCCAGCUGGGGCGGCGCCUGCCAACGGCCAAAUGCUGGCUAAUCCCAUGGCCAUGAAAAUGGUGCCUCAGGGUCAGAUGCAGAAUGUAGGUGCUCGACCUGGUAUGCCAAUGCAGGCGUCUCCGGACAAUGCGAGGGUGAUCCGAGAGGCGAACCGACUGCAGGAACAACAGCGUUUGCUGCAAUCUCGUCAGCAGCAAGUUCCUCAGCAGCAGGGACAGCCUCAGCAACCACAGCAGCAGUUCCACAACCCGCAGUUCGUACCGCAAGGAUCCCACUCCCCCAAUCUCAACGUGCCGAAUGUCAAUGGUGCUCCGAACAACCCUGCCAUGAUAGCCGCCUUGCAAGCCCAGGGCGGUAUACAGAGCCCAUCGUUCCACAGUGGCACGCCACAGGGUGUUUCAACUCCUUCGCCUCGCAUGGGCCAGCCUAAUCCUCUCUCCGGCGGUGUGGUUCCAACGAUCAGUACCUUCCAGAACCAAAUCCAACGUGCCAACCCUAACCUGCCAGCGGAGCAAGUGAACAAGCUGGCUACCGACCGCCUCAACCAGUACCAGCAGCAGCGGAUGUCCCAGCAGGCAGCCAUGAACGCCGCUGCGGGCGGUAUGAACAAUGCCAGCUAUCAGGUCCCCCACGACGGCACCUUCCAGACCCCUCAGCAGCCCAGUGUGCCUAAUGGUGGCCCCGCCAUGCAGGUUCCUCAGAACCAAGGCUUCUCUCCGAUGAUGCGUGUUCCCCAGGCCAACCAACAGAACCGGGUCAAUGUGACCAGCUCAUCAGGGAUGAAUGGAGCCGUUCCGCAGGCGAGCCGGAGUGCAACCCCACAGACCCAGCGCAGCGGUAGCGCUCAAGCUGGGGCGGUGCAGGGCUCGAGCAAGAGUCCACAUCCUCCACCUACCCAGACAGCCAGCAGCUAA